CCAGUCUCCUGCUCUCACUUCUUUGAAUUCAGCACUUCAAACACAGAACGCAUAAAGAAUUUUGAUUCCCCUUUGAGUCAGCAUUUGCCAUCUCAGAGGCCAACGGGACGACGCGGCAGAACAGAAGAACCAGGAAGGAAGAUGGCGCGAUGGGCCGCUGGUGUUGCCCUCGUGCUAGCAGGUGUAGGCCUACAGAUGGCGUCUCAUGCCGCGGCCCAGAGCGCUUUCACAGCUGUGGCCACUGCAGCGGACCCGGGCCUGUUCCUUUUUACCUCAGCCCUCCAACUGAGCGGCCUUGUAACGUUCUUCAACGCUACCGGAAGGAACAUCACGUUAUUCGCGCCCAGUGAUCAGGCGCUACUAGCGGCGCUGCCGGCCCUGAACCUGAAUCAGUCCCAGCUGGUGACUAACGCAGUGCUCAUGGCGCCAGUGCUCAUGUACCACGCUUUCGUGCCAGCGACCAACAACGCCUCUGUCCCUCCCGGAAUUUCGUACUACAACGCGUUGAACACGGAUGGCAGCGUCAGCGGCAACCAGCUGGCGAUUACGAGGACGGUGUCGGGCGGUCUGCGGGUCACCUCCAUCGGCAGCGACGCCAACGUGAUCAAGGUGGACCUUCCCAACUCCGGGUCCACGGUAGUGCACGUCGUGGACGCGGUGCUUCUCCCGUUCUACCCGUCAGUGUACUCCGCUGUGGCGCGCACCUCUGCCCUGAGCACGCUGGCCGCGCUGGUCGGCUCUGCCAGCGCCAGCCUGGUGUCCAAGCUGCAGGACACUACGGGUGUCUACACCGUCUUUGCUCCCUACAAUGCCGCCUUCACGGCCGCCCUGGCCCCCUCCGGCCUCAACACGACGAUUGCGCAGCUGGCGGCGCAGCCCGCCCUGCUGCAGUCCAUCCUGUCGUACCACGUCGUGCCCGGCCUGUACAACGCCUCCUCGUUUUCCACCACACCCAUCACCGUCACCACCCUGACUGGCCAGAAGCUGACGCUGGUGAAGGACGGCACUUCGCUGUCGGUGAAGACGGCCGACGGCAUGACGGCCAACCUGCUGCAGGCGCGCGACCUGCCGUGCGGCUUCACGGACCAGGGCACGUUCCGCGCGACCGUGCACGUGAUCGACAAGGUACUCGUCCCUCCCCCUGUUACCUCCGUGGCUGCGGCGCUGGCCCUGCGCACCGACGUCAACACACUGCUGGCGGCCGUCAAGGCGGAGGGGUCCUACUCGGCUGCGAUCAACAGCACCACAUUCACCGGCACGCUUCUGGCGCCCAUCGACUCGGCCUUCACGGCGCUGCUGGCGGCCAAUGGCAGCAUCAGCGCCGCGCAGCUGCUGGGCAACACCACGGCGCUGAAGAAGAUCCUGGACGCGCACGUGGUCACGGGGUCGGUGCUGACGGUGGCGGGUCUCACCAACGGCCAGAACAUUACCACCAGUGGCGGCGCUACGAUCACGGUUGUCAAGACCGGAACCACGACCCAGCUGAAGCUGGGCAACAGCGUGGUCAGCGUGGUCGGGGCGGAGGUUGCGAUUGGCAGCAGCGCGACGCUCAUCGUCAUCGACGGUGUCCUGGUGCCGUCCGGCGUUUCCACCGUGACCUCGGGAGGCGGUGGCGGCGCCGCAGCGGCAACUACGCCGUCCUUCGUGCUCAUGCUGUGGAGCGUUGUGGCGGCAGCGCUGCUGCUAGCAUUCCAGCGCCUGCAGUAGAGCGUGCUGCAUGUCUGCGGUUGCAGUUGGUAACCCGGAGAAACGUGUACAUACCCUACAGUGACGGAUUGACGGUUGCGCAACACCUGUGGCCCAGGUUCUUGCCGUGCGACGUGACGUUAGGAAUGGGCGACGAGUGCAUGGCACUGAUGAGUGGCAAUGGAGCGCCUUGGCUGUAACCAUGACUCCAUGAGUGACACGUUGUCGGGGUGCCCAGCUGGCGGUGGUGGCGCCUACAUACUCCGGUGUUAACAGGAGGGAGCAGAGGGUGAAGCCUAGGAAGGAAGUGGGUAGACCGAUGGAUUUGGCGUCCUGUGGCCUAAAAUUCAUUACAUUGUGCACGAGUACGAUACAAGCCCGUGGGCGGAUGACAAUAUAUGCCUGACAUGGAAACAAAAUGCAGUGCUUGGGAAAGAUUUAAUGCAACACAAAUCGCUGCUAAGUGACAACAAGAGAUGGUAGCAUAAAACAUCGGCACACCAGCCUUGAGCAACCGCACGGCACAGCUCAACGUUGGGCUCAUGUCAUGAUGUCAUCACCUGCCGAGUCCUCUUAAGCACACUGGCGACAUGAACGCGCCGCAUGAACCGCGGCGCACGCGGCGGCACGCACGGGCAGAUGCCCUCACAAUCUUCGUAUGUAUGGUAUGAACACGCAGGAGCAUCCCGCACGCGAUCUUCAGGGCUUUCUUGAGACCAUUGAACAACCCGACCCAAAGAAUGUACUGACUCCCACUGUACAUAUGCGCGCCCUUGCACACGCCGUCGCGUGCGCCCAAAAGUGAUGAGAAUCGCGUCUUCGAGGCACGGGGCUGCUCAUCUCUGUGCCAUGUGCAUUAUACAUGCUCUCACCGGUUCUGCACCUCAGCUCCGACUCAACACUCACGACU